UCUUGUCUGUUGAAUUUAUUAAUAAUAUAUGUAAAACCAGUGUUUAAGUUCACCUUGGAAUUCAACAGUGAGGUGCACUUCCUCCUUUAGACAGCAGGAGGCAGCAUUGCCUAGUUUACAGUAAUGUCCAUGAUAGCAGGGCACAACAAGGAGUUCCUUUCAAGUAGACUUUAAGCUAGUUCAGUGACGAUCGCAAACGUUUUCAUCUGCUCGAAUCUCAUGCCAAACAAAGUAUCAUCGUUUACCCUUUUUAGGGUCAAUAAACCUGUGGACAAGAAGACGUUUUUCAGAGUGUUUGAUCAAGAAAAGGUGUUAGGGUAAAGCCAAGAUAUUUCUACAUAUCGAGGGCGGCACAGUAAACGAUGUCUUUAACGCAGAAGAUAAGACAGCACACACAAGAACAAACAAUGGAUUGCACAGAAAGCUCAUUACGGACAAAAUCUACCACUUCACGUGCUUCAACGAGGUCAAAAGCUUCCUCCACCGAGGCUGCAGCUACCAAAGCACGCGCAAAAGCAGAGGCAGCCAAAGUACGUCUGUCUUUUGCACAAAAAGAAAUGACACUCAAAGUGGAAAAAGCACAACUGGACGUGGAAAAAGCACAACUAGAAGCUAAGAUGGACAUGCUCUUACUGGAGCAGGACGCAGCAGCUGCACUCGCCAAAGUGGAGGUCUUGGAAGCCGCUGUGGAAGGAAGUGAUCGAAGCAGCUCCUAUCUUCACAUCAAGCAGUUGUUUGAACAUUCAGUUGACACAUUAGAGCGCACAAAAGAAUACAUAGCCACUCAGGCCCAAGAGCCAAGUCAAAUAAAAGUUGAAUCACCACACCAACAGCCAUCGUCAUGGAAUGAAACACAACAUUAUAAACCACCAGAUGUGAACUCCAUUCAACACUCACAUCUCCAGACAGAGCACAAUAAACACAGAGUUGGGUUUGUUUCUACCCUACAACAAAUGACGACACCUUCACAGCCAGAAGUCACAUCAGUCAUCAGUCCAUCUUCAAACAACAUACGAGACAAUCACCAAGAUUACAAGUCAGGCUACAGUUCUCCUUUGCAUUCAAAGUCCAGCCGUACACCUUGUCAGCCUGUCUACGAUCAAGGGAAUGUGGCAGACUUCGCAAGAUAUCUAGCUCACCGUGAGCUAGUCACAACGAGUCUGAUAAAGUUCAGUGACCAGCCAUGCAGUUACAGGGCAUGGAAACAGUCCUUUGUGAACUCAGUCAGAGGCCUCAACAUAACGUCCAGUGAAGAAAUGGAUUUGUUGGUCACGUGGCUAGGGAAGGAGUCAGCUGAGCAUGCAAAACGCAUCAGGGCUGUCCAUGUCAACUCCCCAGACAAAGGCCUAAAAAGGAUAUGGGACAGACUGGAAACCUGUUACGGCGCACCCGAAAUGGUGGAGGAUUCACUCUUUAAACGGAUCCACAGCUUCCCUAAAAUCAUCAACAGAGACUAUUCAAAGCUCCAUGAGUUGAGUGAUUUUCUCAUAGAAUUGGAGGCAGCCAAGGAAGAUGGAGACCUGCCUGGCCUUGCAUAUUUGGACACAGCGCGUGGGAUAAACCCAUUAGUUCAAAAGUUACCAUUCAACCUCCAAGAAAAGUGGCUCAACGUUGGCACAAACUACAAAUUACAACACAAUGUAACAUUUCCCCCCUUUUAUGUUUUUGUUGACUUCAUUGGAAAACAAGCUAUAAUUAGGAAUGACCCAGGCUUCAAGUUUGCAGGUCAAAUUGACACCUCAAAAGCAGACAGAGUCCAAUGGAAGCAGAUCCAAAAUAGAGAAGUCUCAGUUCAUAAGAUCGAUUUCCAGUCUACUGCCCCUCCUAUUAAUGACAAGCAAUACUUUGAAGCUGAUGAUCCUGAGAAACAAUGCCCAAUUCAUAAAAAACCUCACAUGCUCCAUAAAUGUCGGGCCUUCCGUGCAAUGCCGUUGGAACAACGCAAGGAAGUCCUGAAAGAGAAUGGCAUAUGUUUUAAGUGUUGCACAUCCACUCAACAUAUAGCAAAAAACUGUAAAUGUAUUACCAAGUGCACUGAGUGUGAGAGCGCAAAGCACAUUUCUGCACUUCAUCCUGGACCUGCACCAUGGAUCCAGGUCCAAACCCCCCUGACACAGCUUGGCGGGGAGCAAGACUCAGGACCUUCAACUGAGGUCAGUGCUCGAUGUACAGAUGUAUGUGGUGGCGAUCAAAGCUACAAAUCCUGCUCAAAGAUCUGCCUUGUUAAAAUAUAUCCUAGCGGCCGUCCUGAGAAAUCCCUGAAAGUUUAUGCAAUCAUCGACGAGCAGAGUAACAAGUCCCUUGCUCGUUCAGAGUUCUUUGAGAUCUUCAACAUUCAAAGUCCUUCAUCUCCAUACACACUCCGAACCUGCUCUGGAGUGACGGAAACCACUGGGAGAAGAGCUUCAGGCUACAACAUUGAAUCCAUGGAUGGAAAAGUGUGCCUCACUUUACCAAGCCUCCUGGAAUGUGAUGAUCUACCUAACAACAGAUCAGAAAUCCCAACACCUAAUGCUGCAGCCAACCAUACUCACCUCAAAUCAGUUGCUAACCUCAUCCCAGAGCUGGAUCCUAACGCGUCCAUCAUGCUUCUCCUUGGGAGAGACAUCAUCUCUGUCCACAAAGUGCGCAAACAGGUUGAUGGGCCACGCGAUGGUCCCUAUGCUCAAAAACUUGACCUGGGAUGGGUGAUCGUUGGAAAUGUAUGCUUGGGAGGUGUUCACAAGCCGACCACAGUGAAUAACUUCAACACCAUUACAAUUGAACAAAGGCGUCCCACAGUCUUUACACCUUGUCCUAACGUGUUUCAAGUCAAGGAGAGACAUGGCCAGUUUCAAAACCCUGAAUACUCAAAGGUAACCUUCACAAAGAAAUGUAAGCAAAAUGACGUGGGCGCUACAGUGUUUCGGCAGACCAAAGAUGACAACAAAGUCGGUCCAUCCAUUGAUGACAUCACCUUCCUGCAAAUCAUGGAGAGGGAUUUGAAAAAGGACAUAACCAACAGCUGGGUAGCUCCGCUGCCAUUUAAGACUCCAAGGCCCAAGCUUCCUGACAACAAAGUUCAAGCCUUGAAGCGUUUUUCCUCUUUGAGACGCAACUUCGAAAGAAAACCAGUGAUGAAAGAGCACUUUUUUAGCUUCAUGGAAAAGAUCUUUCAAAAUGAACAUGCUGAAAUAGCCCCUCAACUCACAUCUAAUGAAGAAAGAUGGUAUUUACCAGCCUUUGGUGUUUACCAUCCCAAGAAACCUGGGAACAUCCGUGUGGUGUUUGACUCCAGCGCCCAAUACAAUGGUGUGUCACUAAACGACGUGCUGUUAACUGGACCCGACCUCAACAACACCCUUAUAGGGGUACUCCUCAGGUUUCGCAAAGAAGCUGUAGCCAUAACAGCAGACAUUCAGCAGAUGUACCACUGUUUCUUACUCAGAGAAGAAGACCGCAAUUAUCUCAGGUUUUUAUGGUCCAGAAACAACAACUCAUCUGAAGACAUCAUGGAAUACAGAAUGAGGGUCCAUGUCUUUGGAAAUUGUCCCUCUCCCGCAGUGGCCAUCUACUGUUUAAGACAGUCAGUGAAAAAUGCAGAGCCCGUUGUAAAGCAGUUUGUCAACCGUGACUUUUAUGUAGAUGACGGGCUAACGUCACUUCCCUCCGUCGAAGCUGCAGUGAAGCUGCUCAAGAGGACGCAAGAGGUUCUGUCAGACUCAAACUUGAGGCUUCACAAAAUCGCCUCAAAUAAAGGAGAAGUUAUGAACGCUUUCCCAUCUCAGGACCAUGCCAUCAACUUAAAGGACCUGGACUUCACUUCAGAUAUCUUGCCCAUGCAACGUAGUCUGGGACUUAACUGGGAUCUAAUGUCAGACACAUUUACCUUUCAAGUAGCUGAUGAGCAAAAGCCUUUCACCCGCAGAGGUGUCUUGUCAACUGUCAACAGCAUCUAUGAUCCCCUAGGAUUUCUUGCCCCUGUCACCAUACAAGGCAAACUGAUCCUGCGUGAGCUCAUGGAGAACAACGGAGAUUGGGAUGCACCUCUUCCUCAAGAAAUGGAAGAGACAUGGUCAACGUGGCGAUGCUCAUUGAAAGAUCUCAGCAAUCUCCACAUCCCAAGAGUUUACACACAGGCCUCUCCUACAGCGGUGUCAAAAAGAGAGAUAGUCAUCUUUUGUGACGCUUCCACAAAGGCAAUUGCAGCAGUUGCAUACUUAAAGAUAACAGAGAAAAAUGGAACCAACCACGUGGGCUUUCUCAUGGGAAAAGCCAAGCUUACGCCCUUGUCAGAACAAACUGUCCCUAGACUUGAGCUUUGUUCUGCAGUAUUAGCGGUGGAGCUUGCCGAGCUCAUCACCUCAGAGAUGGACAUGGAGGUUGACAUCACUUUCUACAGCGACAGCAAAAUCGUUCUUGGUUACAUCAGCAAUGAUACUAGACGUUUUUACCUGUAUGUAAGCAACCGAGUUCAACGGAUAAGAAGCUUUUCUCACCCUGAGCAAUGGAAACAUGUCUCCACUGAAGCAAACCCUGCAGACAUAGCCACAAGGUCUGUGUCAGCGAAACACCUGUCCAGUACCACCUGGCUUUGUGGACCAGCAUUCCUGAAGAACGCUCAGAAUGACCAGUUUCAAAAGGGCCCUUUUGAGUUGUCUGACCCCUCUUUGGAUACAGAGGUCCGCCCGCAUGUUUCAACAUUGAACACCACUGCAGUAAUCAAACACCUGGGUUCUCAACGCUUCUCCAAGUUCUCCAGUUGGAGAUCAUUGAUCCAUGCCAUUGCUCGUCUCACUCACAUUGCUCGCCUCUUUCAAAAGAAUCCUGCAGUAAAAGCUAACGGCUGCAAAGGCUGGCAUCAUUGCCACUCAGCAAAUGCUGUUGAGGAACUUGCACAUGCUAAGAAAACCAUCAUUCGUGCAGUUCAAGAAGACAUAUAUGCUCAAGAGUAUGCUUCCAUCAAAAAUGGUAAAGGGCUUUCCAAAGACAAUAAUCUCAAAGCCUUAGACCCUCUCAUUGAUGCCGAUGGUCUGCUAAGAAUUGGGGGUCGCAUAAAAGAAGCCAAACUCUCUUUGGAGGAGAAAUCGCCUCUCAUAAUCCCUGGCAAGCACCAUAUUUCCACGCUUCUGGUCAGGCACUACCAUCAGAAAAUACAACACCAGGGCAGAUUAUUCACUGAAGGUGCUUUAAGAGCUGCUGGAUUUUGGAUUGUUGGUGGUAAAAGACGAGUCAGCAGUGUGAUCUAUGGAUGUGUUAAAUGCCGCAAACUUCGCGCUUUGCCUCAGACUCAAAAGAUGGCUGAUCUUCCAGCUGAUCGCCUGUCCACUGAACCUCCAUUUACCAACGUUGGGCUGGACGUUUUUGGACCUUGGACAGUGUCUGCACGUCGUACACGAGGUGGCCUUGCACAAGACAAAAGGUGGGCCGUACUAUUCACCUGUAUGAGUGUCAGAGCCGUGCACAUAGAGGUCAUUGAAUCAUUAGACACGUCAUGUUUCAUCAAUGCCUUAAGGCGUUUCCUUGCUAUCAGGGGCCCAGUGAAAUUAAUUCGGUCCGAUAGAGGCACCAACUUCAUAAGUGCAUGCAAAGAGCUCAAGAUUCCAUCCAACAUUGAUAACACAUCUGUAGAAAAGUUUUUGUCCGAUCAAGAUUGCAGAUGGAUGUUCAACGUGCCUCACGCAUCUCACAUGGGUGGGCCAUGGGAGAGGAUGAUUGGUGUGGCAAGAAGGAUCCUUGACGCCAUGUUCCUGCAGCUUGGGACCUCAAAGCUGACCCACGAGGGUCUCUCCACACUUAUGGCAGAGGUGACUGCCAUCAUCAAUGCCAGACCUCUUGUACCAGUGUCCACCGACCCAGAUGACCCGCAAAUACUCUCACCAGCAACACUCCUCACACAAAAGGUCAGUCCUUCAACUGCUCCCGUAGGCGACUGGGUAAAAGAUCUCCACAAGCAACAGUGGCGUCAAAUCCAGCAUUUGGCUCAAACCUUUUGGAACAAAUGGAAGAAGCAAUACCUAUCCACACUUCAGCCACGGAGGAAGUGGCAUUCACCCCACCCUAACCUCCUGCCUGGAAGUGUAGUGCUCCUCAAAGAUGACCAACUGAAGAGAAACCAUUGGCCUUUAGGACUAAUUACACAAGUCUUCCCAAGCAAAGAUGGCAGAGUUCGCAAAGUGGAGAUAAAAGUCUCCAGAAAGGAUGGGACCAAAGUGUUCCUGCGGCCGGUCACAGAGACAAUCCUGCUUAUGGCACCAGAGAAGCCAUAGUAUCCUUUGGGACAGUUUGGUAGUGGCGGUUUAAUCCGCCAGGCGGGGAGUGUUCUGUCUUGUCUGUUGAAUUUAUUAAUAAUAUAUGUAAAACCAGUGUUUAAGUUCACCUUGGAAUUCAACAGUGAGGUGCACUUCCUCCUUUAGACAGCAGGAGGCAGCAUUGCCUAGUUUACAGUAAUGUCCAUGAUAGCAGGGCACAACAAGGAGUUCCUUUCAAGUAGACUUUAAGCUAGUUCAGUGACGAUCGCAAACGUUUUCAUCUGCUCGAAUCUCAUGCCAAACAAAGUAUCAUCGGUAUGUAUUGUUGAGUAGUAUGCUAAUAUUUGAUUGAGUUGUAUUAUUUGUUGGUUGUGAUGUAAUUUGGGACGUUUUAUGGCCAAAAGUCAGUCCUGCUAAUUUUCGGAAUUCAUACAGUGAAGUGAAUGUUAGCAUAGUAAGCUAGUUUGCUAUAAAGCACUUAUAUUACCAAUUUUGUGGCAUUUAUUUGUCCAUUUAAGUUCAAUACACAGCAUAAUGCACGUUUUAUCGUAAUGGGAUUGUGUGUGUGUAAUAAGGCUGUGUGUGCAUGUCUGUAAUGUAAGCAUCCUUUCUGCUUG